CAUAAAACGAUCACUCAUCCCUCUCCCAUCACUAUUACAACCUUUGACAAUUUUCAUGCACCGACAAAUUAUAGUAACUUGGAUUGCAAAAUUGUCUCUAUCACAAAUAAAAAACACAAGCUUUGUUUUGAAAAAAAAAAAAAAACAUCAGCAAAUUUAUAGCACAGAACAGAACUGAACUGAACUGAGCAGAGCAGAGAGGUUGCAGAAACUUGAAAAUGGAGGUGAAGAGACGAACAGCGAAGACUCUGGUGGCGAAGCUGAGCUCAGUGUCCGAACAGUCUCGCAAGGAAGCUCUCUCUGAGCUCCGACUCAUCACCAAGCACGACCCCCUAAGCCGACCCCUCAUCGCCGACGCCGGAGCAAUCCCUUUACUCGCCAACACCCUCUAUUCUCCCUCCUCCACCUCCCAAGACAACGCCACCGCCACCCUCCUCAACCUCUCCAUCUCCUCCCCGGAAACCCUCAUCUCCACCCGCGGCCUCCUCGACGCCCUCUCCCACUCCCUCCGCCGCCACUCCUCCUCCUCCUCCUCCGCCGCCGCCGCAGCCGCCACCCUCUACAGUCUCCUCACCGUCGACGAUUACCGCCCCAUCAUCGGCUCCAAGCGCGACAUCGUCUACGCCCUAAUCGACAUCGUCAGAAACCCUAAUUCGCCCUCGAAAUCGAUCAAGGACUCUCUCAAGGCCCUGUUUGGGAUCUCUCUCUACCCGCUUAAUAGAUCCACGGUGAUUGAAUUGGGGGGAGUGAAUGCUCUGUUCUCGCUGGUGAUGAAGGAGGGGAGAGUUGGGUUGGUGGAGGAUGCUACGGCGGUGAUUGCGCAGAUUGCUGGGUGUGAAGAGGCCAUUGAUGGGUUUCGAAAGGUUUCAGGGAUUGGAGUUUUGGUGGAUUUGUUGGAUCCGUUGACGGGGUCGAGUGGGAGGACGAGAGAGAAUGCAGUGUCGGCGUUGUUGAAUUUGGUGAGAUGUGGAGGGGAAAAGGUUGCGAAGAAUGUUGGAGAAAUGGGGUUUGGGGUUUUUGAUGGAAUUGGGGAAGUUGCAGAGAAUGGGAGUGAGAAAGGGAAGAGCAAAGCCAUUGAACUGUUGAAGAUUCUCUUGAAGGUUGUUGACGAUGAUGAUCAUCAUCAUCACUCUUCUCGUGAAUUAUAUACGUGAGAUUGUUGUAUUCAUUUGUGUGGUUUUAGUGUCCAUUUGAUAUGAGGUUGGAAUUGAAUUUUGUAGUGGUGGUGUAUCAUAAUAAGGUUGUUAUGUUUGCAAUAUCAAGAUAUGAUCAUGUAUCCUUCUACUAGUUUGCUAAACAAUUAAUGUAAAAUAAGUUCAUAAAAAAAA